AUGCUGUCUCGAGUUGCAGAAGAUCUUAAGACUUCAACUCCUGAUUCUAAUUCGCAACAGAUUUUGGAGCAUGCUAACAUGUCCUGCAUAGUUGAUCAUUUAUGUCUUUGUUUGGCUUCUUCUGGGUCGAGUUUAGCUUAUGGUUCUUCACAGAUGUUAGCAGCUGCCUGUGAAGCUUGUAGAGCAAUAUGGAUUCUCAUAGAUACUUCAGAAACAUUCGUCAAGAAUGACAAUGCCUACAUUUUUCCUCUGGAUGCCUUACAGAGCCAUUGUCUCUCUCAGCUUGACCAAAGGAACAUUGCCCAAUGUUUGAAGCUAAGUGGGAGAGAUUCAGCUCUGUUGAUGAUGACAACUUCUCCAAAGAAGCAUCUACAUCGCCUUUCUGCCAUAGCCAAUCAUAUUGCCUCAGAGGAUAAAAUCGAAGGUUCCCUUGAGAAUCACUCGGCAUCAGCUAUGCUUGCUCUUGCGUCUAUUCUCUCUCUUGAAAAAGGAUUUUCUGCUGAAUCUUCUGUCCCUGAGAUGGCAAUGCCUCUGAUUCCUCGAGCUACUAAGCUCUGUUAUCAUCUGAGGCAUAUGCCAAGUCAUGAAGGUGGAGUCAUAUCUCAUUCUGCCAAGUGUAAUCUCCCCAAAUGGCACGGACUUCUAGAUGGAUGUGUUGGUUUAUUAGAAUCCAGAUUAAAGUGGGGAGGACCUCUAACUGUGCAGCAGCUUGUUGCUAGUGGUACACCAAUGCUUCUUAUAAAUCUGUUAGCUGGCACACUUUCAAAUGAUUCCCCAAGUGACAUCAAGAACACACCCAAUCGGAUUGGCUUGUCCCCUCUUGGUGUUAUAUGGACUGUUUCGUCCAUAUGCCAUUGUCUUUCGGGCGGCACUUUAACUUUCCGUCAAGUUCUACUGAAGACUGAAAACAUGAAGCUGAUUUCUUCUUUAAUGUCUAAUGCUUAUAUCAAGCUCGUAAAGAACUGGGGAGGUCCUAGUGGACGAAAAGAUGGAGUCAGACAGACGAUAAAUGUGAUAACUGAUCUGCUAGCUUUUCCUUUUGUUUCUCUACAAAGUCAACCAGGUCCGUUAUCUGCACCUGCCUCUGUGAACGGUGGAUUCAUCCUCAACAUGGGCUCUCCUGGAGUGAGAGUGUGCACGGAAGAUAGAGAUUUGCUAAAAGCUAUAAAAGAGGAUAUGGACAAAUACAUAAAAGUUCUUCUGGAGGUGGGAGUGCCAAGUUUAAUCCUUCGUUGCUUGGAGCACUUGGAUUUAAAAGAUCUAGUAAGGCCUGUUGCUCUUCUUGCCAAAAUGGUGGGCCGUCCACGCCUUGCGGUAGAGCUGGUUAGCAAAGGUCUGUUGGAUCCUAACAGAAUGAAAAAAUUACUCAACCAGUCUAGUCCAGGAGAAGUCAUACUUGAUAGUUUGAUGAUCAUAUCUGAUCUAUCGAGGAUGGAUAAGGCUUUCUACAAAUACAUCGGUGAGGCUGCUCUUUUGCAGCCACUGAAGGAAUUUCUUACUCAUACGGAUCCAAAUAUUCGCGCAAAAGCAUGUAGUGCUCUUGGCAACAUGUGCAAACACAAUGAGUAUUUCUACACUUCUCUCGCGGAACAUCAAAUCAUUGGUCUCCUAAUUGAUCGAUGUGCUGAUCCCGACAAAAGAACACAGAAAUUCGCUUGUUUUGCUAUUGCGAACGCUGCUUACCAUAGCGACAAGCUGUACGAAGAACUAAGACCAUCUAUAACACAGCUAGCAAACGUUUUGACCUCAGCCGAAGGAGACAAGACGAAAGCAAACGCUGCUGGUGCAUUGAGCAACCUUGUCCGAAACUCCAACAAGCUUUGCGAAGAUAUGGUUUCCAAAGGAGCUUUACAGACGUUCCUGAAGUUCGUCGCGGAUUGCUCAGCUUUUUCCCUUAACGCGGGAAAGAAAGAGACAGCAAGUGUGUCACCUUUCGAGAUCGCACUCUUAUCGUUAGCUAAAAUGUGUUCGAACCACCAGAUUUGCAGACAGUUCGUGAAGUCAUCAGAGUUUUUGCCGGUCAUAGCGAGGCUUAAACAUUCCCCUGAGACUGACAUUGCUAACUAUGCUUCAGUUAUUGUCGCCAAAGCCGGUGGUGAUUCUUAA